AUGCUCAUCUGCUACACCUGCAACAAGUUCCCCACCGACUACAUCCCCACCGUGUUCGACAACUUCAGCGCCAAUGUCUCCGUGGACGGCAGCAUCGUCAACCUCGGCCUCUGGGACACCGCAGGUCAGGAGGAUUACAGCCGGCUGAGGCCUCUGAGCUACAGGGGAGCCGAUGUCUUCAUCCUCUCCUUCUCCCUCACCAGCAGAGCAAGCUAUGAGAAUGUGCACAAGAAGUGGAUGCCGGAGCUUCGCCGGUACGCCCCCGGCAUUCCUGUACUACUUGUUGGAACCAAGUUGGGUAUGCUCUUGAGCUUCUUCUACAGAUUUUUAGUUGGAUGCCAUUCAAAUCCACACAUUUUGGUGUGCUAUCCAGUAAUGCAUGUGUGUCUUUGGCUGCUCUUGAGCCAUCAAUUUCCGUAUAAAUGCGCAGAUCUCCGAGAAGAUAGAGCUUAUCUUGCUGAUCAUGCAGCUGAUUCCAUCAUAACAACUGAGCAGGGUGAGGAGCUUCGGAGACAAAUAGGUGCGGUGGCAUACAUAGAAUGCAGCUCCAAGACACAAAGAAACAUUAAGGCUGUCUUUGACACCGCAAUCAAGGCGGUUCUUCAACCUCAAAGGCACAAGGAGGUAGCCAAAAAGGAAAUCCGGACUCGCUCUAGUCGGUCAGUAAGGCGGUACUUCUGCGGGAGUGUUUGCUUAGCAUAG